CUGGAUAUCGUAUCCAUGCAUUCCUUUUGAAUUUAGUAUUAGUUUUAGUUCAGGCAAAUUCAUUUGUAUAUCAUUUGAUUUGAGCUCAUUUUGCUUGUGGUGACGGCGCGGCGGGUUGAAAAUAAAUAUAUUCGCAUAUUUCUUGGGUCAGCGGUUUUCUUAUUUUUUAUUUGAAAGGAAAAUAUUAAAAAUAUACAUUCUAGAAAAUAUUUGUUUGUGAUUUAAGAGUUUCUGUUAUUUUUUUUAAUCGAAAAGUAAAGCGUUACAUUACAGAACAAAAUGGGAUACACGAAAUACAUUCUUUGUGGAUUAUUUGCUUUUGGAAUAUUUGCUACAGGAUAUUCUAGCCCACACCCAGAAGAUGGUUCUUCGACAAGUAAUAACGGUGAAACCGUUCAAAACGAUCAAAGCGACGAUUACGAGUACGAAGAUCGGAAUUUGCCAGCAGAUCCAGUUAAAUCUACAGCUUUCAGUCCAAAAUCCACAAUGUUACCUUAUUUCGAUAUGAAAAUUGUUAGAAGAACUGUUAAGCCUGGCAGUAACAUAUCCCUUGAAUGUCCCGUAAAGAAUUUAGCAGAUACCAAUGUAAUUCUUUGGUUCAAAGGAGAAAAUACAAUAACGAACAAUUUGAAUGUAUUGGACAAUGCCUACGAAGUGGAAAAACACAACUUCAGUUUAAUUAUUAAGAAUGCUACAGAAACCUUUAAUGGAAUCUACUACUGCGAAAUUGCACCUCAGAAAAUAAGAUUGCAAACUAUUUUGAAAGUUACCAACGAAACCACACCUACAAUUCCAACUGAAUCUAAACUGCCCCAAGCCAAGGAAGCAAUUACUUCAACGAUGCCUGGUGCAGGCGCCUCUGAUCUAUCUGCUUUGGUCCCGCUAGUUCUGCUUUCGAUUUUGAUGUCUAAUUUGUCAAAACACAGAUGUUCUCCAUCAUUAUUAUAUUGUUGAAUGCUAUAAGUUUCUACUUAAAACACAUAUGUACAUACAUAUGUAUGUACAUAUAUGCUUAAUUAAUUUGUGUAAGUAAUUUAAAAACUAGAAUGACUUUUGUACUUUUCUUUUAUUUCUGCUCAGAAUCUAAUGUUUUCAGUAGAUUUUGUUGUUGAAAUAAAAGGAAAUUUCAAAACUCUAUAAAAUGACGUACCUGCGUCUGCCUGAUUAUUUUGAGUAAUUUAUUGUUAAUAAUAAAAACUAAAUCAAAUGAAAAGUAGAACUUAUUCACCAUUUAUUAUUGAUUAAAUUAAUUAUGGUUAGUCGUAAAAGUGAUUUUACUAAGAUAUGUUUAUUUUAUUAAGUCUUAAUAGUUUGAAUAGAUAUAUUUAAAUACAUAAGUACGAUUCACCAAAAAUAAAUAUACUUUAUGUAUCCAUAAAAGAAAAUAUUGCUAAGAAUGUUUUUUUUUAACGUUAAGUAGGUACAGUACAAUUUAUUAAUGAAACAAUUUAUUUAUAUAAAAAAAAAACAUAGAUGUAUUAUAUAAGUAUGAACAAAAAAUACUCUGAGUACAAAUUGGUUACUUAAAAAAUUGUAAUUAUAUUUUUAGUAAAUUAUUAAGUUUUGAAAGCCUUAUGAACUGAGAA